CCACCUUGUCUGGGUGUGUCCCUGUUAAAGUAGCAGGUACUGCCGCAUUUGCGUCUCUGUCGCUGCUGCUGGAGAGACUUGAACCGUCCGGGAUGGAUCUGUUCGACGUUAAGACGCUUCUGCUUCUGCUCUCUUUUAUUGGAUGCUGUGCGGGGCAGACUCAGAGCAUUCUGCCGGUCGGUCCGGUAGACGCCACUUUGGGGACAAAUGUGACUUUACAAACUACUCUGGUUGGCAAAGUGGACUAUCUCGUCAUAGUCUGGAAUUUCAAUGCGGUUAAUGUUGUUAAUGUUGCUACACUAACGGCAGGGGGGCUUAGAGUGGGCGCCCAGUACACGGGGAGAGCGGCCAUUAACAAUACCAACGGCUUCUUGUACCUGGGACCCGUGACGGCUGCGGACAGCGGGCACUACAGCAUCAGUUUAACAACACCGGACGGCACGACCUCAACGGGAGAGACGCAGCUCCGAGUUCUGGAGCCGGUGUCUGGUGUAACCAUCACGUCCAACAUACCCGAAGCCAUAGAGUCCAACAGCACCGUGGUUCUGAACUGCUCCGCCAAAGGCUCCUUCCUCAAGUUCACCUGGCUCAAUGGCAGCAGGCCCAUCGUGGACGGUAAUCGCUUCGCACUGAAACAGAUGGGACAGUCCAGUACUUUGACCAUCACAGAAGUUCUCAGGACGGACCUGGUUGGUCCCAUCUACUGCACAGCUGCUAACCAGCUGCAGAGCCAGACGAGCGCCCCCUUCAACCUCACCGUCUACUACGGACCCGAAGCAGUCACCAUUACUGCUUCGAACCUGAAUCUUUUCAUCGCGUCCAAUAUCAACUUCACCCUGUCCUGCUCAGCCACCUCCAGUCCGCCCGCCACCUUCACCUGGUACCACAACCAUCACAUGAUGGAGAACGUGGGUCCUUUCCUGACUCUGGAAGUCAUAAAAAAACACCGAUUCGGGAGUGAAAUGGGAGAAUACAAAUGCAAGGCCAACAACGCAAAGACCGGCCACGUCGUCCCUUCUCCUGGCAUUUCCUUCGCUGUGAUCGACCCAAUCAGGGGCCCGGGCGCUGUCCUCAUUGCCGGCAACAGCACUGCCAACCUCAGUUGCCAGGCGGCGAACGGCACCGUGACGGCCAUAACCUGGCACAAAGACGGCCAACGCCUGUCUGCCGGCGGCCGCCUGGCGUUCUUCGCCAACAUGAGCUCCAUGAUGAUCAGCCCGCUGCAGAAAGAGGACAACGGAGAGUACCGGUGUCAGCUCACCAACCCCAUCGACAAAGCCGAAGCCUUCUACAAGAUGGUGGUCAACUUCGGUCCUGAAAAAGCGGAGGUGAAAGGUAAAAAGGCCGUUGAGGUGAACAACAAGGUGGACCUCACCUGCUUUGCUGACUCCAUCCCCCGUGCCAACUUCACCUGGAAGUUUAACGGCACAGAUACCGGUGUCAAAACGAACUAUUUUAUGAUCGAGAUGGCUACUGCCAAGGACAUCGGAAUGUACACAUGCGAGGCGAACAACGCCGUCACUGGCAUGACCGCCACGUACACCCACAGCCUGAACGUCAAAGAAAAAGGAACGUUGCAGGAAGAUCACGAAGGUCUCUCAGACGGAGCCAUCGCUGGAAUCGUCAUCGGCGUCCUCGUCGCCCUUGCCGUCGGCAUCGGCCUGAUCGUGUACUGCAGGCAGAAAGUACCCUUUUAUUUCUCGCCUGUCAGUCUCCGGCCUUCGGCGUCCUACAACGUUAGGGUCGAGUCACCGUACUGAAGAAGUCCCCCCGCACACUGCUGGAGAAGCCGGCCCGAACCAAUCCGACCGUUUUGUUUCCCACGAUCCAUCUGUGCAGCCCGCGGAGGAGGAGCGUGCGGUCGGAUCCGGCUCGGUUUUCCGGUGAAGCCCUCGCCAAAACCAGAUUUCCCCAUCAUCCCUCCCUCUCGCUCUAUCUCGCCGACGAGGGCAGAGGAAACAUCGGUCGAACCCAAACGAUGGAUCCUAUCAGAGUUUGGAUUAUUACCUGGAAUCUUCACUUGUCUUCUUCUAAUCUAAGGGUUCUUUUUUUUUUGGAGCUUUUUUCCACUUUCUCCUUGGCCAUAAAUUCGUCCGCCAUCACUGGAUCGUCACCUGCCCUUCUCUUCUUCUCUUACGACCUGGUGUUAACAAACGUCAUCCUUCACCUUUUUUUGUCUCGCUCGCCGCUUCCUUUAGGAAACCAAAAACGCAGAGCAGCCCCGCGCCAGAGACGUUUCCUGCACUGAAGCUGAUGGACUGACGGUUACGAUGACUGACUCUCUUUAUCCUGCUGGAAACCUGAGGAGGACACACACACACACACACACACACACACACACACACAGAGGCCACACACGAAGACAUUCAGGAUUCUGUUGUUUAAAAAAAAUAUAGUAUCUGAAAAAAUAGGUUUCUUUUGUGGUUUGAUUUAUCUCACUCUUUGUGCCGGUUGGGUGGAGUUUGCCGGGUGUGUGUGUGUGUGUGUGUGUGGGGCGGGGUGGGGACGCUUCAAGUGCAGCGAAGGAUUUCAAAUUAAAAAGUUCCAGAUGCUCCUUUGUACUCUCGAAGGCGCCAUCGACGGACAGUUUGAUUCCAAUAACAGAUACCUCAGUUUGUCUGGCGCUCGCCACUUUGAGAAGUCUUUUUCGAACACACCUGUCGAACCCC